CGUUCCAUUUCGAACGUCCUCCUCGAUUCCUGAGCCGACAUCUUAGCCGCAAGCAUGGCUGACUGUGACCGGCCACCACCAAACUUCCUGGACAAGGCCGGUACGCCACCGAUACCGUGGAAAUCGUGGCUACGAAUGUUCGAGCGAUACAUAUUGGCUACUGGCGCUCAGGAAUAUUCCGCCGAACGACGCCAAGCAAAGCUGCUCAACUGCCUGGGGGUCGAAGGCCAGCGCAUCUAUGACUCUCUACCAGCUCCCGUUGGACCGGCGCCAGCAACGUCACCGGCGGGAGACGCUCAGCAAGCCCGGCAAGCGUCUCGCGACGUGUAUAGAGAGACCCUCACGGUUCUCGAGGCUGAAUUUUCGCAGCCGGUCAACGAGACCCUGCAACAACUCCGGUUUCACAUGAGAAAGCAGCAAGAAGGAGAAUCUCUGCGCGACUUUCUCUCAGCACUCCGAGCAUUGGCCGUGCCGGCGAACUUCGGUGCCGACACCGAGGCCGUCAUCCGCCGACGGUUCAUGGUGGGUGCUGCUUCCGCAGAGAUUCAAGAACGCCUGGUACUUGACGCCGCGCUGCCGUUCAGCGUGGCCUUACAGACUGUCUUUAAUUUGGAACGCUCACGCCGGGAAGUUCGAGAAUGGGCAUCGGCAACUGCGCCAGCUGCGCUGUCGAUGGCGUCGGAGGAGCACGUGACCACCUCCCACGUCACAGGGCGCGCAACGAGUCAACCUCAGCCGAUGAUGUCAUCUUUGCACGAGCCGCGGCGCUCGCGCCGUGAGUCACCUGUGCGAUCUCCGACGGCGCGUUCUUCAGCUGCUUCAGCCCGGUCAGUGAACGCACGCGCUUCGCGCUCGCCUAGCCAGCAGAGCUGCGUAACCUGCGGCCGUAGCGGCUAUGGUGGUUUCGACCGUGGCAGUCGUCAACAGAGCCCUGGACGAUCGGCGUUUCGGCGUUCGGUGCGUUUCGAAUCACCGCGGCGGCAACCAUCUCCAAGGCGUAACUACGGCUACGGAAGAACAUGUCCCAACUGCGGUUACGGUCAGGAACACUGCAGGGGCUAUGACGUCUGCCCAGCGAGAGGUCAGCACUGCGACAACUGCGGUCGUCGGGGACAUUUUUCACGCGCUUGUAGAAGUGUUCGCCGAUCCCUGCUGCGCCGCCUGCGUGAUCAAGUUGAGCAGAUCGUCGACGACUACUACGAUGACGGCGACGAGCAGUGGGAGGUGUCCCACAUUUCCGGACCUUCUCAAAGCAAGCUGUACUUAAACAUCCAGGUAUUUGACUCGACGCUGCAGUUUCUUCUUGACACGGGGUCAGCCGUCUCCAUCGUGGAUAGUGCCAUGUUCGUCCGGUAUUUCGCGAGCAAGGCGACAGUUGUACCACCACCUGUGAAGCUCCUGAACCUUUCUCAGCAACCCAUCACCAUUCUGGGAGCAUUCGAGGCACCGGUAAUGUUCAGGGAGCGUGCGGCAACAGUACUUUUUUACAUUGCUGACCGUGGACGAAGCGUCAAGUGCAUUGAGAAAUGA